AGAAUUGGCAGCACUUAACUCUGACAUUUCAUUUCACGUGCGGUACAUAACAUAAACAAUGCGGUUUUAGUUUAUUCUAAUUGUAUUUUUAUAUAUAAAUAUUUUAUUUGAAAAUUAAAUCAAAAAUGUCACGAAUUAUAGUAAAGCAGCUACCAAAGAAUAUCAGCGAAGACAAACUGCGCUCUAUCUUUGGUGCGAAGGGUACAAUCACCGAUAUGCAGCUCAAAUAUACACCAGAUGGAAAAUUCCGCCAGUUCUGCUUUAUUGGAUAUCGUAGUGAAGAUGAGGCGCAAGAAGCUAUCAAAUACUUCAAUAACACAUGCAUACAAACGAGCCGUAUAAAGGUGGAGGUGUGUGCCGCACUUGGCAGUGAAGAUAAACCACUUGCACGUAGCAAAAAUGCUCGAAAAGCUGAAACAGAAUCAAUACAAAAAGACUUGAAAAAAGAAAAUGACGAGAAAAAUAAUAAGAAAAAAUCUUCCAACGUAGUGGAUGAAAUCAUAGGCAAACACAAGGACGAUCCGGAUUUUCAAGAAUUCAUGAAUGCACACGAUAAGAAGCGCACUUUAUGGGCUAAUGACGCCGGUGAAGCUUUACAACCUAUGGAACAAGAAGAAAAUACAGUAGAGGAAAAUAUCCCCACACAAUCGAAAGAAGACGAAUUUGUCAAAGAUGAGGCUGAGAACAGUAAUGAAGAUCGAGAUGAAGAUGAAGAUGAGGAAAAGUUGGCAGAAAAGCCCAUUAGUGAUCUGGAUUACAUGAAAAAUCUUAUGUCAAAAUCUAAUAAUGCGGAGCAUAAAAAAGGAAAAACAAAAGCUGGGCUUGACUUGUUUACUAUUAAAAUGCAUAAUGUUCCUUAUAAAGUGAAACGUCAAGAGAUCUUGAAAUUUUUCAAACCAUUGAAGCCUUACUCUGUGCGCCUACCUACAAAUGUUCAUGGAUUCUGCUACGUCGGAUUUAAAACUGAAAAGGAAAUGGUAAAAGCUAUGCUUAAAAACAAAAGUUUCAUUAAAGGAAAGCAAGUAUUUUUUUCGGAUUUCACUGAGAAAAACAAAAUAACAAAAUCGAAGGGAGAGAAAGGGGAGAAAACAACAGAUCUUCAUAAAUUGAAACCAACAAACCCCAAGUGGACCCAACAAGAACAGAGUACACAAAAUAAAGAAGGCAUAGCUGAAUCGGGUCGUAUUUUUUUCCGCAACUUGGCUUACACAGUUAAAGAAGAUGAUCUGCAACUUUUGUUUGAAAAAUUCGGACCCAUUGCAGAAAUAAAUGUACCGAUAGAUACUAUAACGCGCCAAAUAAAGGGUUUCGGCACAGUGACAUUCGUUAUGCCAGAACAUGCCUUACAAGCGUUUAACAAAUUGGAUGGCACCGAUUUUCACGGUCGACUAUUACAUCUAAUACCAGGAAAAAGUAGGGAUGACGACCAGAAAAGUGAUGAAAAUGAUCCUGCACUGUCGUUUAAACAAAAGAAAGCGUUAAAGCUAAAGAAAUCGGCACAGCAAUCUGUGAAUUGGAAUACACUAUUUUUAGGUGCAAAUGCAGUGGCGGAAAUCUUAGCCAAACGGUUUUCUACGACUAAAGAAAAGGUUUUAGACACAAGUGAAGGCGGUUCCAGUGCUGCAGUACGUAUUGCCUUAGGAGAAACACAAAUAGUCAUUGAAAUGAAAAAUUUUCUAGAAGAGAAUGGAGUGCGUCUGAGUGUUUUUGAUGCCCCUACAGUGAAGCGCUCUAAAACAAUCAUAUUGGCAAAAAAUUUACCAGCUGAUACAACGGUGGCAGAUUUAACGCCAUUAUUCGCGAAAUUCGGACCGAUUGGGCGACUCGUUUUGCCACCCAGUGGUGUCACCGCGCUAAUUGAGUUUUGCGAUCCCUCAGAGGCAAAACAAGCUUUCAAAAAAUUAGCUUAUAGCAAAUUCAAAAAUGUACCGCUCUACUUGGAGUGGGCGCCUGAACAAACUUUCACGACAACGUUAAAUGGCGAACCGAUAAUCCCCAAACAAGAGGAGGAAGUCAGUAGUCAUAAGGAAACAACAACACAGGAGACAUCGCUAACUGAACCAACCACACAAUCAAACGCUGAAGCAAACCACGAAGACAGCACAGUUAAAGACGAAAAUUCUAAUAUUGAGGAAGAUUUAGCGAAUGAAGAGCCAGAACCAAAUACAACACUCUUCCUACGUAAUUUGAAUUUCAAGACCGUCCCAGAUACGAUACACAAUCACUUCAGGCAUUUGGGACCAAUACACACCGUAGAAAUAGCAAAGCGGAAAGAUCCCAAAAAUCCACGUAAUCAAGUUUCAAUGGGCUACGGUUUCAUACAAUUUAAGUUAGCCGCAACAACCGAGAAAGCGCUAAAGGAAAUGCAAUUCACACAAAUCGAUGACAAUCAGGUGGAACUGAAGCGGAGUGAUCGGAUACUUAAAACUGCGUCUAAUAAUGUGCAUCGCAAACCGUUGGUGAAAACACAGCAAACGGGCACUAAAAUGCUCGUGCGCAAUAUACCGUUCCAGGCUAAAGAGAAGGAAGUGCGCGAAAUCUUCAAGGCGUUUGGUGAACUGCGUUCAGUGCGUUUACCGAAGAAAAUGACGCCGGGCGCCGACUCACAUCGUGGUUUCGGUUUUGUGGAUUUCAUUACGAAAAGUGACGCCAAAAAGGCAUUCGAAGCGCUGAGCCAAAGUACGCAUUUGUACGGCAGACGUUUGGUGCUGGAAUGGGCGUCAGUCAAUGACGACGACGUCGAAGAGAUACGCAAACGUACCGCCACUGAUUUCUACGCCAGUACAGAUAAUGCCAAACGUAGCCGAAAAGCUAUUUUCAAUACUGCCGAAAAUAUGGCGGAUGCCGAUGAAGAUGACGAUUAAACGGAGGGGAAUACAAUUCACAAACAAAUUACUUUCAUAAGUAUGUUUAAUAAUAAUAUAUUUUUGUUUUUGUAUAACUGCACUACAAAAUACAUAUAAUCGUAUUUAGAUAAACUAUAAAGUAAAUAAGCAUUAUAUAAUUUUACAUACAGGUAAAAAAUAAAUUAAAUUGUUUUAGCCUA